AUGAUGUUUCCAGGUAUGAAUAGGGAGAGUGAGAUGUCAGCAAUGGUUUCGGCUUUGUCCCAUGUUGUCGGUGGUGGUGAUUAUGCUGUUCAUCAUCAGAAUAUGAACCAUAGUGCAAUUGGAGUAGAUGGUGCUGAUGCUUUUACUGUUACACAAAACAUGCCUUCUGGUUUUGUAACACCAUCUUCAUCUUAUGGUGGUAGUACUUCUGCCUUCAAGAGAAGGAGAGAAGAUGAUAGAUCCUCUGGUGAUUUCUCACGUGGAGUUUCAUCCCCUGCUAUUCCCUCAAGUACAGUGGUAAAGUUUUCAAGCAACCGAAGCAGCACAACAAGAAGAAGAGAAACAAGCCAACUAGAAAAUUCAGUAUAUGAAUACAGAACAGAGAAUAUGAAUAGAGAACAAAACCAACAAAAGAGAAAAUACAGAGGAGUGAGACAAAGGCCAUGGGGCAAGUGGGCUGCAGAGAUAAGAGACCCAUUCAAAGCAGCAAGAGUGUGGUUAGGAACAUUUGACACAGCUGAAGCAGCAGCAAGAGCCUAUGAUCAAGCUUCAUUGCGUUUCAGAGGCAACAAAGCUAAACUCAACUUCCCUGAAAAUGUUAGGCUCAGGCAACUUUCUCUUAAUCCAACAUCCACCCAUUUGAGCAUUUCCGAUUCUCAGUCCAUUCCUUCUACCACUGAGCCAUUAGUUCACACUGAAGCAAUUCAAACUUCGCAGGGUUCCAACAAUUUUUAUGACUAUUCACAGGUUCAAGACUACCCCUUCACCCUAUAUGACCAGAUUAUUAUGUCAUCUACCAUGGCUUCUCAUCUUCAAUCUUCCUCAUCUCCAUCAGCUUCUUCUUCUGUGACUUCUCCGCAGGCAGCUUCAAUUCCUUCCAUUUAUUCUACCCAGCUGCCACCAUCGUCUUCUGGUUAUAGCUCCUCUCCCUCUGGAUGA